AAAAUAUUUUGUAUCUUUCUGGCAGAAGGAAAACAGAAAAAUAGAAAUGGUAGACAACUCCCUUUCCUUCUAAAACAGCAGCCCACUAUAACUUUUACACAGGUGAAGCAUGAGAACGCUAUUUCGAUAGCAGAUGUUAUUAUAUGGCACUCUCCAGUAUCUAUCAUUAAUUUGAUACGGUUUGAUAACGUUGUUUGUGCUAGCUCAGCUCUGAUAAAAGCGCUGGCGAAAAAGGCACUGAAACGAAUCUAAAUUUGGAUGGGGUUACGUUGAUAAUGCUAUUUCGCGUUCGCUGAGACACAUUAGAAAGUUUUAGAUAUGACUAAGCGUAUCCUUUCUUGAAAUAGGGAUUAAUAGUGUCUAAUCGAAGAAAUGUAUUCAGAUAGUUUCAAGACGGGGAAAGAUCAGCAGAAUGAUUGACUUAGUUAAAACGAAUCAACAAAUGAGUUGUUCGACCUCCAUACGUCCAAGCGUGUCGUGACUGGUGACCAGACGACCAGUGUGUUUUGAAGGGCGAGCUGACAACUUCUCAUUCGACAAAAUAUUUAUCACAAGCAGGGAGUCGGCAAAUAGUUUGUCCUGGUGGCAUAAUUAGGCUGUCCUCAUAUCUAGACUAUUCAUCAGGGAAAUAGACCACAUAUAAGACUUACAUGCACAACCAGCAUUUUAACUACACGGUUUUUAAAUCGAAAUAGGAUUGUAUAUUAUGGUGUACGUAGCUAGGCUACUUUCCUAAACUUGAUGAUAUUUCUGGCCUACCUGACGCACCUGCCAAAUCCGUAAUAUGUAUCGAUCACGGGAAUACGGCAUUUUGGAAAGGCCAAGGAAAUAUUUUGGCACUGCUCCUCUCUUUUUAAGCAAGACUCGGGUUGGAUGGACUGUAUGCCGUGUAUACAUCUUUGGGAAUGGAUACGCGACCCAGAUGGUUUAGUAGAAGACCAGCCAAACAACGUCCGUUUCGAUGUUGAUUCGGAAAACGUACAAAUUGACUUACAUUCGGAUAUGGCACAGAAAGUGCUUGACGUUGAAACAUUGUUGAACAUCACGCCUAUCACGGGUGAAAGUACCGACACAGUUCAGAACGCCUGUAGGGACGCCUUAAUACAAAUAGUCAAGAACCAGAAACCUGUUCACGAGACAUUUUUCUCAUUGUCAUCUCCUCAUUCUGUGGAAUCUCGUUUAAAUGCCGAAUAUUUUGAAUUGGAUUAUUUAGCCACGAUCUUUACCUGUCAGGCAUUAGCAUAUGGGAAUGAUGAGUUCAAGUUCCAUACCAUGAUUGAUGCCAAGAAAGUAGAGGAAAAACUGCGCGAUAUUUACGAAGGCCUACAUUGGAAAAAGCUAGGUGAGUCACUGUUGUAUCCUGUUGUUUUUAUCAGAUAUUUUUCAGAAUUGCCGAAGUUGAACCUUGAACUAGCAACAAAGAACUACCUCGGGGGCCCUCUGGAUUGGACAAAAAUCCACGAAGAUGUUCAAGCAGCCAUUCAUAAAAUGACAAUCCCGGCAAACAUUUCUAGACUUACACUGGGCGAGGUAGAAGUGUACCACGGAGUUGAAGUUAUUGAAUUUAUAAUGGAUGAGCCUAGAGAACUUGGCCUCUGGACCACAGAGGCACCAGACAACAAACGCGUACAGAGACCUAAAGACAGGUGUCAUAUUAUGUAGAAGCAUCCUGUAUUUGAAGGAUUUUUGUUACCGUCCAUUUUAAAUGCAAAAAGAAAAAGAACAGUUGAUCGUUGAAAUCAUCGAUGCGUUGAUAACCUGUACGUGCACGUGUCUUUUAACUUAUCAGCCAUCUAACGCACGAUGGCGUUUGGAUUUUAUAUACUGUGAAACGAAGUGUAAAUACUAAUAGAAUGGUCCUGAUGUCGUUUCAAGUAUAAAACACACGGCAUAUCCAAGGGAUCCAUCAUUAACUUUUUAUGACGUACUAUGCAUGACUGAAAAAUGAAUUUUUCAGUUCAGUUUGUGUACAUGUGAUAUGAGCCUUCCUUGAUAUAACUGUAUAUUUUAUACUCACCGAUUCUAUUGAGGAAAGUUAGAAAUGAACAAAAAGUAUUAUGAUCGAAAGUGUACCACACCAGAUCUACGCAUAACAAAGACCUAUUCAAUAGCGACGUUAUCCCAAUACUAAGAAAUACUACACAGAGAAGUAUCAAUACAAGAGCUUGGUGCAAUAAACGAUAUAGGACCAAUACCAGAUACUGGGGAGGGCCUAGCUGGCUUGUAUCUUCCCUUAGUUUCUGAACCUUCUGAGAUUUGCCAAUCCCCCCCC